UAUGGGCAGGGGUACCUUUACCUUUACCUUACAGCAGAAAAGUAAUGUGCAUGAGGAAGAAUCCACAACAGGUGUAGCCUAGUUCAGAAGGGUAGAUAAAGUUAAAUAUAAGAACAAUAAACUUGGAAUUUGUGCGGAGCGUGUACCCAGAAGAGAAGGAGAAGGCCAGAAAUGGGAGAAGGGAAGGCUAGCUUGGAAAGGGAUCUAGCCAUCAAAAUAAUAGUAUUUUCAGAAGCCAGGUGGUUUAACUUGUUUUGCAUAAUGCCCAAAUGUGAAGUUGCUUUAGUUCAUUAGUACAGCUGUACUUUGAAAUGGGGAGAGAAAUUCAGCAUAGUGCUAUGGCAAUCCUGUCAGCCCAAGAUUUUCAGCUUGCAGAUGGAACAUCUACCCUCCCCCUUUCCCCCUGUACGCUGUUCUGGAGAUUCGCCCAAUUCUUCCCCUCCUCCCCUGCAUAUUUCAGGGCACACAGGAAGAGGAGAAAGAGAAAAAGCCCGUUGUGCUGGUGGAAGUCUUUGCACAGAAUUUUGCUGAUGGGACUAGUUAGUUGAAUCCCAGCCACAUUGAAAAGAGGACAUUACAUUUAAAACACUUGCAGGAAAUGGGGACUGCAAUUUUGCAAAGUUCUAUAUUGUAUGCCCAACUGAAAAUCAGUGGGACAUAACCACCUGUGCAUAUGUGUAAUAUUUCAGGGAAGAAGCAGGACCCAAAGAACUGCUUACAGAUAAAAGCAAAAAACUAUGACAAAGUAGAAAAGCUGUUUCAGAGGUGCCUUAUGAAAGUUUUACACAUUGACUUAUGGAAGUGCUACCUUUCGUAUGUGCGAGAAACCAAAGGGAAGCUACCUAGUUAUAAAGAAAAAAUGGCUCAGGCAUAUGACUUUGCUCUGGAUAAAAUUGGCAUGGAAAUAAUGUCGUACCAGAUCUGGGUGGAUUACAUCAAUUUUUUGAAAGGCGUUGAAGCAGUAGGAUCCUAUGCAGAAAACCAGAGGAUAACUGCUGUGCGCAGGGUAUAUCAACGGGGCUGUGUGAACCCAAUGAUCAACAUCGAGCAACUCUGGCGAGAUUAUAACAAAUAUGAAGAGGGAAUAAACAUCCACUUAGCUAAGAAAAUGAUUGAAGAUCGCAGUAGAGAUUAUAUGAACGCUAGACGUGUGGCUAAGGAAUAUGAAACUGUGAUGAAAGGUCUGGACCGCAAUGCUCCUUCAGUCCCACCCCAAAAUACUCCCCAAGAAGCUCAGCAGGUAGACAUGUGGAAGAAAUAUAUUCAGUGGGAAAAGAGCAACCCUCUACGUACAGAAGACCAAACCCUUAUAACAAAGAGAGUGAUGUUUGCAUAUGAACAAUGCCUGUUGGUGCUGGGACAUCAUCCAGAUAUUUGGUAUGAAGCUGCACAAUAUCUCGAGCAAUCCAGCAAACUACUAGCUGAGAAAGGGGACAUGAACAAUGCUAAACUGUUUAGUGAUGAAGCUGCAAAUAUUUAUGAACGAGCAAUCAGCACUUUACUAAAAAAGAACAUGCUUCUUUAUUUUGCAUAUGCAGAUUAUGAAGAGAGUCGGAUGAAAUAUGAGAAGGUGCACAGCAUAUAUAAUCGGCUCUUAGCUAUUGAAGAUAUUGAUCCCACUUUGGUAUAUAUUCAGUAUAUGAAGUUUGCAAGGCGAGCAGAGGGCAUAAAAUCAGGCAGGAUGAUAUUUAAGAAGGCACGAGAAGAUGCCCGGACCCGUCAUCAUGUCUAUGUUACGGCUGCUCUCAUGGAGUAUUAUUGCAGCAAGGACAAGUCAGUGGCCUUUAAGAUUUUUGAGUUGGGGCUAAAGAAAUAUGGAGACAUUCCAGAAUACGUCUUGGCAUAUAUUGAUUAUCUUUCUCAUCUCAAUGAGGAUAAUAAUACAAGAGUCCUGUUUGAACGAGUAUUAACCUCAGGGAGCCUCCCACCUGAGAAAUCUGGAGAGAUAUGGGCCCGAUUUUUAGCUUUUGAGAGUAAUAUUGGUGACCUGGCUAGCAUACUUAAAGUGGAGAAACGGAGGUUUACAGCCUUCAAGGAAGAAUAUGAGGGCAAAGAAACAGCUCUACUAGUAGACAGAUACAAGUUCAUGGAUCUGUACCCCUGCUCUGCCAGUGAACUCAAAGCUCUUGGUUAUAAGGAUGUGUCUCGGGCAAAGCUGUCAACCAUAAUUCCAGAUCCUGUUGUGGCUCCUUCAAUAGUGCCUGUGCUAAAAGAUGAAGCGGACAGAAAACCAGAGUAUCCAAAACCAGAUACCCAGCAGAUGAUUCCAUUUCAGCCAAGACAUUUAGCACCUCCAGGUUUGCAUCCAGUCCCUGGUGGUGUCUUUCCAGUCCCACCUGCUGCUGUAGUUCUAAUGAAGCUUCUCCCACCUCCCGUGUGUUUUCAGGGCCCCUUUGUGCAAGUGGAUGAACUCAUGGAGAUUAUCAGGAGAUGCAAACUCCCAGACACUGUGGAUGAAGCUGUGCGAAUCAUUACUGGGGGACUGCCAGACUUAACAAUGGAAGGGAAUGGACCUUUGGAAAAUAAUGCCCUUCUUAAUAAAUCUGUAAAAAGACCAAAUGAAGAUUCAGAUGACGAUGAAGAAAAAGGAUCAGUGGUUCCUCCAAUUCACGACAUUUACAGAGCACGACAGCAAAAGCGAAUCCGAUGAGACAUGUUGCAGUCACAAUGAUGAAGGCUAAAGGACUUGUAACAAUUGUUUUCCUUCUACAAAAUCAAAUGUUUAAAAGGGAUUGAAGUUUCUAACAAGCAUCUUGCAACUGAGGUUGUUUUAUUACUGUGGCGCCUCUUUUUUACCAGCUGAUUCUUCAUCAGAAAAGAAAAGGGCAGGUGAAUUUUACAACAAGCAAAUUUGAGCUCCAGGUUUUGAACACAAUUUGUGCAGAAUGUCUGAAUUGCAUUUGGUUGCUCUUCACAUGUGUAUCCCCAUCUUACCACUUGAAAUCUUGCAGGGGUCCUGACAGUUUUAUUUUAAAAACUGGAUAGCAUAAAAAUUGUGAAAUAUUUUAAAUUCACACCUCUGGAAAACGAAGUUGUUCUCAGUUUGCUCAUUUAGUGUCUGUCCUGCCUUAUUCUUUGUUUUUAUUUAUGGCAGAAUGAAUGGAAACUGUUUUUUGUAGUUUAAAAUGGAAGAACAUUCCUUUCCAAUAAAGGAUCUCUCCAUAA